AUGGCUACAACCAAGUUGUCGGCCCUUUGCUUCAUUGUCCUCCUUGGCAUUGGAGUGGCAAAUGCUGCAAGGGUAGCAAGAUAUGUGAGCGUUGGGGUGGCGGUGGUGGUGGAGGGGAGGUGGCGGUGGUGGGCAAGGCGGUGGGUCUGGAUAUGGUUCUGGUUUCGAUUCACGGUGAAGCUGGUGGAUAUGGGUCUAAUGGUGGGGGGCGAUGCUCUGGGGAGGCGGUCAGGGGUGGAGGUGGUGGUGGAGGACAAUAUGGGGGUUCUGGAUCUGGUUAUGGUUCAGGUUCUGGGUACGGUCAAGCCGGUGGGUAUGGGUCCAAUGGUGGGGCAUAUGCUCAGGGAGGCGGCCAGGGUGGAGGUGGCGGUGGAGGACAAUAUGGAGGGUCCUGGGUCUGGCUCGGCUCCGGCCUGGGGUAUGGUCAGGCUGGUGGAUAUAGUCCUUAUGGAGGAGGCUAUGCUCAGGGAGGUGGCCAGGGUGGAGGUGGCGGCGGAGGACAGAAUGGAGGGUCAGGGCAAGGUUCUGGUGCUGGCUCUGGGUAUGGGCAGGCUGGUGGAUAUGGUCCUUAUGGUGGUGGAUAUGCUCAAGCCGGUGGCCAAGGUGGUGGGGGUGGAGGAAGUGGUCCAGGUGGCAGUGGAUAUGGAAGCGGCUCAGGGAGUGGGUCCGGGAGUGCUGGCAGUGGCCACCCAUAGAACUUUCUGA